AUGUCAGCCAACUAUCGCAAAAAUCAUAAACCUGCUUCUGCAACUACUCGCUACAAUUCUCGUCAGAAGGGAUCCAAUCCAUCUCAUCAAUCCUCUGCUUUUGAUCAUGACAUGGAAGACAUGGCUGGUGUCCAGCACGCUACAGGUCUUCGUAUGACAGAUGGAAAAAAGGAAUCUGUUUGCGAUAUAGAAAAACUAGCCAACAAUGUCGAGUUUGCAACACUAAGAGACGAUUUGGACGAAAAGAUGGGAUUCGCUCGGUUUAGAGAAGGUCCAGAAAAACUUGGCUGGCUAGUAAACAUUCAACCCACAACAAUCGCGGAUAGUGAAUGUCCAACAGGAAAAGCUGGUUUGGACAUGUAUUUUAUUGAAGAGGAUGGAAUGACAUUCAAAGCCACACUGCUUUACGAACCAUACUUUUUUGUCAUUUGCAAGCCUGGAACCGAAACUGACGUUGAAGAAUAUAUCAAGAGAAGAUUUCAACGUAAUUUACUUUCCAUUUGCAGAGUUGUCAAGCAAGAUCUCACUUUGGCAAAUCAUCUUGUAUCUCAACAGCGAUCACUGUUAAAACUGAGUUUUUGGAAUGUUCAUCAACUCAAGACUGUUAAAAACGGACUGUUUCAAGUGAUUGAAAAAAGACACGGCUUAACUGGCAGAAAGGGGUUUCAUAAUGACGAGUUUUUAGAUGAAGUAUACUCUACAUCCGGUGGAUUAUCAAAUGCACAAGGGACAACGACUUGUCGUGGAUUGAAUGUUGGUGAAGAUGGAAUUCUUGAACUUCGUGAAUAUGAUAUCAUGUAUUACACUCGUGUGGCCAUUGAUUGCCAGGUGCGCAUAGGAUUGUGGUAUGCCGUUUCUGCUGCAGCUGGAAAAAUCACCGUUACUUCUAGACCAGAGAUGUUACAUCGUGCAGAACCAGUGAUUUUAGCUUUUGAUAUUGAGACUACAAAACUCCCACUAAAGUUUCCAGAUUCUCAAAUUGAUUCAAUCAUGAUGAUUUCAUACAUGAUUGAUGGACAGGGAUUUUUGAUUGUUAAUCGAGAGAUUGUCUCCAAAGAUAUUGAUGAUUUUGAGUAUACUCCAAAGCCCGAGUAUCAGGGGAAUUUUGCUAGUUUACUUGGUCGAUUUAUCGAGCAUAUUCAAGUUUCUCGACCUACUGUUUUUGUCACAUACAACGGCGACUUUUUUGAUUGGCCAUUUGUUGAAGACAGAUGCAAAGUGCAUAAUAUUGAUCUGUUCAUGGAAAUUGGAUUUAGUAAAGACUCUAGUGGCGAGUAUAAAUCACGUACUGCCAUCCACAUGGACUGUUUUGCGUGGGUCAAGCGUGAUAGUUAUUUACCACAAGGAAGUCAAGGUUUAAAGGCUGUUACCACUCACAAACUUGGCUACAAUCCCAUGGAAAUUGAUCCAGAAGAUAUGACUAGAUUUGCUGCCGAUCAGCCACAAGUAUUGGCACAAUAUUCCGUCUCUGAUGCCGUUGCCACCUAUUAUUUGUAUAUGAAAUAUGUGAAUCCAUUUAUCUUUUCAUUAUGUACUAUUAUUCCUAUGAAUCCGGAUGACGUUUUGCGUCGUGGCUCUGGAACACUUUGCGAGCAUUUACUCAUGGCAAGUUGUUCAACAAAAACAGUCGAGGCAGUCAAAGCCAAUGUUGUAAUGCCAAACAAACACUCGGAAAAAGGUGGUAAACUAUUUGAAGGGCAUCUUCUUGAAAGCGAGACUUAUGUAGGCGGUCAUGUUGAAGCAUUGGAAGCUGGUGUAUUUCGAUCAGAUAUCCCCACCAAUUUUUCUCUGGUUCCAGAAGCUCUACGCCAACUCAUUGAUGAGAUUGACGAGGCUCUGACCUUUAGUAUUACUGUCGAACACAAAGUUUCAAAAGACGAUGUGCUCAACUAUGCCGAAGUUAGGGACAGUAUUAUAGAUAAACUUGACAUGCUUUGCGAAACUCCACAGCGAAACGAAGAACCAUUGAUUUAUCAUUUGGAUGUUGCGGCAAUGUAUCCCAAUAUUAUUCUUACAAAUCGGUUACAGCCCAAUGCGGUAGUCGAUGAAUCUGUAUGUGCAGCAUGUGAUUUCAAUGAAGGGCCAGAUUCAAUCUGUCAACGUAACAUGACAUGGUCAUGGCGUGGCGAGUAUUUUUUGGCCUCACGUGGCGAGGUUAACAUGAUUCAAAAUCAAUUACAACAAGAGCAAUUUGUAGUCCCAUCCAACAUUUUUGAACCAUCCAACACCGUUACUAAAGCAUUUCACGAACUUCGAAUAAACGAGCAAGACACUCACUUAACGAAGCGAGUUUCCGAGUAUAGUCGUAAAGUGUAUGGACGUGCUCAUGAAACCAAAGUGGUUGAAAGAGAAUCUAUUGUGUGCCAGCGCGAACAUCCGUUCUAUGUCAAUACUGUCCGUGAUUUUCGCGAUCGUCGAUAUGAAUACAAGAGCUUGCAUAAAUCGUGGAAGGGAAAGUUGGAUGCGCUACUUAAAACUAAUGACUUGCCAGCUGCCGAUGAAGCCAAGCGUAUGAUUAUUAUUUACGACUCACUUCAACUUGCACACAAGUGCAUUCUCAAUUCGUUUUAUGGAUAUGUUAUGCGUAAAGGUGCUAGAUGGUUUUCAAUGGAAAUGGCUGGCAUUGUGUGCUUGACAGGUGCAAAGAUUAUCCAGCUUGCUCGAACAAGAGUGGAAAAGCUGGGCCGACCACUUGAAUUGGAUACAGACGGUAUUUGGUGUAUUCUUCCUAAAUCAUUUCCGGAAAACUUUAAGCUUAAACUUAAAAAUGGCAAAGAACUUUUUAUUUCAUACCCGUGUGUGAUGCUUAAUCACCUGGUGCAUGCCGAAUUCACCAAUCAUCAGUAUCAAGAUUUGAUCGAGGACAAGUAUGUCGUAACCAGCGAAAACAGUAUCUUUUUCGAAGUGGACGGCCCAUACCAUGCCAUGAUCCUACCAGCAUCUACACAAGAAGACAAACUGUUGAAAAAAAGAUAUGCUGUGUUCAAUCACGACGGAUCAUUGGCUGAGUUGAAGGGAUUUGAAGUCAAACGUCGCGGUGAACUCAAACUUAUCAAGAAUUUCCAAAGCAGUAUUUUCAAAGUGUUUCUUGAAGGAACAUCACUCAAAGAGUGCUAUACAAUGGUGGGUGCUGCAGCCAACAGGUGGUUGGACAUUCUUUUUAGUAAAGCUGUGGAUCUAUCAGAUGCUGAGCUGUUUGAUUUGAUUUCUGAAAAUCGCAGUAUGAGUAAAGCACUCGACGAAUACGGUGCCCAGAAAUCUACUUCAAUCAAAACCGCUCGUCGACUUGCAGAGUUUCUUGGUGACCAAAUGGUCAAAGAUAAAGGUUUGGCAUGUAAAUUUAUCAUUUCUGCCAAGCCAUACGAUCUACCCGUGAGUGAACGUGCUAUUCCAAUAGCAAUUUUUCAAGCCGAGUCGAGUGUUCGACGCUUUUUUCUUCGAAAAUGGCUCAAGGACAGUUCGAUCAUAGAAGUCAACAUUCGAGAUAUUUUGGACUGGCAGUAUUAUAUUGAGCGAUUUGGUAGUGUGAUUCAAAAACUGAUUACUAUUCCUGCUGCCAUGCAGCAGGUUAGUAACCCAAUUCCACGGGUUCGACAUCCUGAUUGGCUUUUGAAGCGUGUGUCUGCUCAGGAGGAUAAGCUCAAACAGCGACGCAUCACGGACGCAUUUAUCAAAGUGGACAAACAGACGUUUAUUAACAACUACUCUGCAGAAGCCACAGAAUCGGCAAAGUUGAUUAAACCUUUAAACCUUUCUAUCGAGGAUGACGGGUCAGACAUUCUUGAUGAAUUAACGCCGGAAGAAAGAACUGAGCUAGUUGAAACAGAUUACUUACAAUGGCUUGCAAUUUCCAAGCAGCGAUGGAGAACAAAGCAACUAGCACAGGCUGAGCUCAAACAGGCUCAAGCAAAAGGUGCUCGGAACUCUAGCAACAUAGAUAUUGCUGAAACAGCCAAACCUAAGCGACGUAUUGGAUCCACAGUAUAUACCACGUAUGCGGGUCAUUCAUCCAAGCGUUUUAAAAGUGGGUCGUCUACUUCUGCAACAAUGUAUGCAGGUUCAUCAGGAGUACAACUUUUGGAGAUUGUCGAAAGUGAGAUUGCAGGAACAUUUAUACUAUGGGUUCUUUUUAGUUCUGGAAUUCAGCAAGUUCGUUUGAAUGUUCCUCGUCGAUUAUACAUGAACAGCAAAGUAUCUGAUCCGGGUAAACUUCCUAAUCAUCCACAGCUGACUGUUACUAAGCGAUCCAGAAUACUUCCGAGAAAUCAUACUUGUCACCACCUUUAUGAGCUGGAAAUGCCCGAAUCGUUUUAUAUAGAAAAUAAUUCGCUUUUUGCUGCACUUUUUAAUCAUCCUGACGUUGAUGGUGUAUAUGAAACCAAUGUAACGCUCCUGUUCCGAGCCUUGAUCCAAAUGGGUUGUUUAUGUGAGGUGUCUAAAAGUAGUCGAUCAAUGGGCGGUACGAUUGGCGGAAUAUCUAGCAUGUUGUCUUUUUCUGAUAUCAAAAGUGACGUAACUACUAGCCGGCAUUCGUAUCUGGACUCGAUGCAUAAGCUGAAUUUUUGCUAUUUGUUUCAUGCAUCAAGUGGUUCACGCCAAGUGAUUGGACUGUUUUUGAUCCCAACCAGUCACUGCCAUGUCAUUAUUGUCGACUCGGGUAACAACCGAGACGCGGUUCCGAAUGUGCAACGCAUGUACUCGAGCAUGCUGGCCAAUUCCGCGGCCGACACCAGAGGCUCAAUCAACUAUCCCGAACAGCUUGAAAUCACAACAACCAUUUACCAAACAGAAGCUCGAGCAUUUGCAGCUGUCAACACACAUUUGAAUAACUAUUUUGAUCAACGUCGUGGAGCAACGGCGCUUGCUAUCCAAUCGGCAUCCUCCAGAAAAUAUUUUGAAAACGCUGGCAUAACUGCAAUCCGUAGCGUGCCAAUUAUAACUGUUCCGAGUCAUAAAAAUGAUGUCCAGUUUCCACCAAUCGGCUGGCAGCAGCACGGACUUCGUCGCAUGUUUGGACAUUUCCUCAAUCUAGACGAUUUUAUCACAGAUCGCAUUAAAUUAGCUCGAUAUGCAGACAUCCCGCUUUGCAAUAUUGAAAGUGAUUAUACCAUGUUUCUUAGUGAUGUGUUUAUGGCACGACGACUCACAAAAGCAGAUGCACUGUUAUGGUUUUCGUUGUCUGGCAAGCCCGAUCUAGGUGGUGCUGAGAAUGAGGAUACCCAUUUUGCAUAUGCUGUUCCGACUAAUCCAGAAAUCAACAAGCCUGGAUCGUUUUCAUCCAUGUGCAUUGAGAUGGAUAUAUGGGAUCUAGCACUUAAUACGAUUUUGCAAACCGAUCUUUUACACGAUAUGGAAAACCCAAUUAGCAGCACAUCAUAUAAUCAACAUCAAGUAGUAACAUCAAUGCAAUUGGAUCACUCAGAGAAGCUUGGCGAUACAUCAGCCAAGAUGAUCAAAGAGGACUCGUAUGAUGAGCAAGGCACCCUUACGCUCUCUAUGCUAGAUGAUGCUGAUAGAGAUACUAUUUCUCGUCCCGUCUAUAAUGUGUUUCGUGGCAUGAUUAAAGGCUGGAUGGAUGAAGUACGUCGUAAGAAUCGAUUUGCUUCGCAUCUUCUUGAACACCUUUAUCGGUGGAUCACAUCCCCAUCUGCAAGAUUUUUUGAUCCAGCCUUAUUUCGGUUUGUUCAUGAUUUGAUGAAGCGAGUUUUUUCGUCACUUGUAAACCAUCUUCGUAAACUUGGAUCCGAGGUCAUCUACGCAUCGUUUGAGAAAAUUGUUGUGAGCACAAACAAAAUGACAUUGCCCAAUGCAGUGGGAUAUAUUGCCUAUACGGUUGCUGCCAUGUCCAAACGCGAUUUGUUUGCACAUAUAGAGAUUAAACCUGUAAGGUUUUGGCGACAUAUGAUGUGGAUGGAUGUGUUCAAUUGGGCUGGGAUUGAACUGGUGCAGAACGAAAGUGACGGAACCACACAUGUUGACAGUGCCCAUGCUUUUAACAAGGAAAACAUGGACGAAGAAAAUGCCAGAGUAGACAUGAAAUGGAGCAUGAUUGAUGGUCUUCCCGCUCGACAUCAACACGAGUUUAUGCGACUUGUUACAGAAUAUUUGGAUUCUGUGCGAGUGUGUCAUGCUACCACGCGGUCAGCGCUAGUUGAGCACGUCAGUAAACUGCUUCAAACCACUUUCAAGCGACAGCUGAUGACUGUUGUGAGAGAGUUUUCAAAAACUGUUACCAAAAAGUCUAUUUCACCUGCCAGCACUAAUGGAAAGAGCGAAUCCACUUGGGACAAUGGAUCGUAUAACCGCACAUUCAAAGAUGCCAACCUGGAAUUUGUAAAAUUGAUUUCGGCUGUAUUGGGAUUGGAUGAGCAGCUUGAACCUCAAGUUCGAGCACUCAAACGCGAUCUUUUGAGUAUUCUCGGUGUUACACAGUUUAGUAAAUCUGCAGUGUUUGCUCCUGCACAAGAGCGUCUUGUUCUCCACCAAGUUAUUUGUGAGUUUUGUUCGUUUUGUCGCGAUUUGGAUUUGACAAGGGAUUGCGACUUUCAUGUGUUGGAAGACAUUGAGGAUGACACUGUACCUCGUGCAGAACAAAAUCCAUUUUGGGCUUGUAGUGCAUGUCAUAUGGAGUAUGAUCGACUGUCUUUGGAACAGCGGCUGGUGGACACUGCUAUAAAGAAAAUGACAGUAUGGCAGUUGCAGGACGUACGAUGUACGAAUUGUCGGUUUGUCAAAGCAGAAGAUCUUCGCAAUAGUUGUCCGCGCUGUACAAGCAAGGUAGUCACUGUGCAGAAUAUAAACGAGAUGUUAUUUAUGUUCAAAGAACUCGAGUUAAUCUCGCACAAGCACGGAAUGGAAAUGCUAAAAGAAGUUGCAGCCUUUUCUAAAAUGGCGCUUCAGUAA